AUGGCUCAGAAGUGUGUUCACAAGGGGUGUGGCAAGGUGUUCGCGGACGCUGAUGAGUCGUGUGUUUACCAUCCUGGCCCGCCAAUAUUCCACGAGGGACAGAAAGGUUGGAAAUGCUGCAAAACCCGAGUCCUGACCUUUGACGAAUUUCUUGCCAUCCCGCCGUGUACGACCGGCAAACAUUCUACGGUCGACGAUACACCAGUUGAGCCAAAGAAUGAGACUGCUGGUAUCCCUGCAUCGACCCCUGCUGCAGAUGCUCCCGUUGGCACGACCAAACCCAUCGCUGUAUCGGCUGCGCUACCUUCCUCGCUGAGUGCAACCGGAGCUCACACACCUACACCCACGGGCACUCCCGCCCCGCCAGAGUCCGAGUCGGACGAUCCGUCGUUGGAGAUACAGCAGGGAGCAACAUGUCGUCGGAAAGGAUGCGGUAAGACGUACGGUGGGUCUGGAUCUAGGGAAGGAGAAGAAUGCAUUCACCAUUCCGGAUAUCCUGUUUUCCACGAGGGGAGCAAAGGGUGGAGCUGCUGUAAGAGGCGAGUGCUGGAAUUCGACGAGUUCCUGAAGAUGCCUGGUUGCAAGACGAAGAACCGCCAUUUGUUCAUUGGCAAGGGAAAGAAGUCUGCUGAAGAGAAGGUUAAUGAUGUGCGGACCGACUAUUAUCAAACCUCCUCGACAGUGAUCGCUUCAGUAUACCUCAAGAAGAUAGACAAAGAGGCUGCCAAAGUGGACUUUGCAUCGCCGACCACGAUUGAGCUUGACCUCCCUACCGCGGACAACAAACGGUACAAGGAGACCUGGACUCUAUUUGCACCAAUUGACACAGAGAAAUCGAGCUACAAGAUCAUGGGGACGAAACUUGAGUUCUCUCUUGCAAAGGCAAAUGGGGAGAGCUGGCAGACCUUGCGGAGUACCGACCCACGGACAGGCGAGAUCAUUCAAACCGGACGACCGACAAGGGCAUGA